UAAUCUUGAACAUAUAUAUGUAACAAAUAUCAUAAAAAGAAACUCUCUCCUUUUAUUAUAUAGUAUAUAUUAUAAUUUAUAAAAUUCUUUAAGAAUUAUUACGAUGUUAAAUCAACAAUGUGCAAUAUUAACUGCCAUUGACUCAUAUAUUGAACCACUUUUAAUUCGCGUUCUAUCGACAGAAAAACUUGGGGUUUGUUGUGAGACAAUUAAGAUAGAUUCUUUAUCAUCUAGUUGUGGAAAAGAACAAGGAGAUCGUUUUAAAUUAUCUAUUCCAUAUGCUAAACAAAAUUUAGUGUGGAAUGUGUUUUUUGAUUCACAAUGCCCUGAAAUGGGCCCUGAUUUUAUAUUUAAUGAUAAUAUUUUUUUAGCAGAUAUAGAUGUAGAUACUUUAUCUGUUAAAGUACCUAGUCUUGCUAAAUGGAAUCCCAAUGAUGAAAAUGCAUUAUUGAAUGUUCUUAAAGAACUUUUAUCAUGUUAUAAGGAACAUCAGAUACAAUUAAUUCAAAAACAAACUCGAUUACAAAUAGAAUAUAAUAUGCUCAUGACUUCGCAAGAAAUCAGACAAGAAGAUAUUGAAAUGAUAUUAUUACCAUUUAAUUCUAAGCCAACAGAAGCAAGAUUUUUAAUAAGUUUAUCAGUGGAUCUUUCUCAGUUACAAAUACGUACUUGCAAAUCAGAGAGUGAUGUUGCAAUGCUUCUUGUAACAUUUUCUGGAACAGAUUGGAAUCGUAUUACUUCACAAUUGCAGUUUUCAAAAUCCUUAGAAGGAAUUCUUAGUGAAAUAGUUGAAUUAUAUGUACCUUAUUUUCCAUCUGAUACACAUUUAAUACAUUAUAUAUUAAAAAUAAAAAAAUUUAUAGCAGCAAAGGUAAACUCAGUUAUUCAAAGUUUAGAAAAAAGAAGAGAGUAUAUAGCAGCAUUUUUACUUCUAAAAUAUGAAGCUAUUUUAGAAUUUGAUAGUAUAAAAUAUACUUAUGUAUCAUGUUUACUAUGUGAAAAUGACUUCUAUGCAGUAUUAUAUAUUCAUCUUCCAUUAGGAUUUCCUCGAGAACCACCUACUAUUGAAUUAUGUUCAAUAUAUCAUAUAACAUCACAGGAUACUGUUUAUAGAGAAAAAGUAAAAAACUAUCCUUAUGAAUUCAUAUGGACACCACGUGUUAUGAUUAAGCGAUUACUUACAUUUAUUCAACGAAAUGUAGAAACAUUUAAAUCCAAUUCUAUUAAAAAUUGUUCUGCAAUUCAUGGUUAAUUUAUUAAAUAAUAUAAAUUAUUACAAUUAUUUAUAAGUCUCUUAUUGUACAUAUUCAAGAUUAUUCUUUUUUGCAUAAAUGUAUAUUAAAAUAACGAUAAAUAAAAUACUACAGAUAGGAAAA